UUUAAUAAACAUUGAACCGUCGCCUGAUUCGAUGUUACAAUAAUUUAAUCCUUUAUAUAAAAGUUCUAUCACUUGUAAAGGAGAAAAAUAAUUCGUAUGAAACUUCCAUAUUGUUGUGACUUCGUAAUACAUUUGCUGGUGGAAGAAAGAAAACUAGGAUGAAUUCUUUACUCUUCAUUUGCUGUGUUUUAAUUAUGAUCACGAUGGGAGAAUGUUUCCACCGUUCAUUUUUUGAUGGAAUACAGGAAAUCGAAACCGUAUCUAUUUCACAUACAUUUGUACACCGAACAAGAAGACGUGCUUCUUUAAGAAAUACAGCUGUCAUGCCAGACGUCAUAGUAACAGAAAUAAAAGGAGACAAUCAGCAUUCAUAUUUGAAAUUUCACCGAAAUAGAAAGAAAACAUUAAGCCCCUUGUUCACCUUAGAAGUAGGUUUGGGGCUGGUGGAAAAGAAAAUAACUGUUCAUUGCACACAUUUUUACGAGGAUAUCAACCAUUCUGCUCAUGCAAUACUCGACAGCUGCGGCGAGACCGGUUCGAUAAAAGUGGUAGCAGAAGUUGCUCUCAAUAACGAACUGUAUAUGAUUUUACCUAAAGACUCACAGAAAGCAGACGAAAGUUUUCAACAUGGCCUUUUCAAGGUCAACACUACAAGAGACUAUUCACAUGACUACAGAGUGCCCACUGAAAAUACCAAUGAGGAAAACAGUAUCCCCAGCGUGAAUGAUAGGUUUAGAAGACAGACUGAAAGAAAUUAUGUUGAACUACAGCUUGUGAUUGACUAUAGUUUAUACACCUUCUGGUAUGGUCUGACCACUGGAACGCAACUGGAACGUGAGGCAGCUGCUUUAGAUCUUAUACAGAAAAUGUAUGCAUUUUUAGGAAACGGGGUUCAUUUACGUUACAAAGGUCUACAAACAACAUAUGGAAUAGAUAUUGAUGUGGAAUUAACAAGUGUUUACGUUCUAAAGACUUCAGAAGAAUCCGCUAUAACAGAGAAUGUGGACUUCACAUUUUCUUCCCGUGGAACAGUGGAUGCAGAAACCCUACUUAACAGCUUUAAGUCUUGGAUAGACGAACAGAGCGUAUCUAAUCCAGAUAAUAUUCUCAAUGCAGACCAUUUUAUGCUACUUACGGGAAGGGAAAUUGUACUCUCAGGGAAUGCUGAUGCCGCAGGUUUGUUGAGAACUAUGAUAUUGUCCAGUAAAAGGUGCCCGAUAGUGCAAGCAUUUUAG